CCAGAAGGUGGACUGUCUACACUAAAUUGCCCUUGUGCGUCUGUCCCUGCCUGUAUGUUCCUGGGACAGGCUUUGGAUCCACCGUGACUGACCAGGAUAAAGCAGUUACUGAAGACGAAUGCAUGAUAAAUUUGUUCCAUAAUGCAUUGGUUAACAAGUUUUUCUAUGCCUUUGUUCAGAUCAGAGAUGUAUAUUCAUGAGGCAGACUACAAGUCAUGUAUAACCGAAUGAUUUGAUGCCAGAUGUUGGUUCACGCUACAUCAGCUGCCACUCACUGCACCAUUCCAUACAUAAAGGAGAUUAGCUAAUAUGCUUUCAUGCACUAUUCCCUGUUUUAUCCUCUUCUUUUAGAUUAAAUAACAUCCCUUUUCCCCCUCCAUGUACUCAGUUACAACGUUGUCCUCCACUAUACUGUCAGAAUCUGACCUAAUAACCCUACACAGCUCGCUAUGGUUUUUUGUUUUCGACUUGCUUUAGGCUGAUGCGCUGAGACUGCACAGCUGUGGUUGCCAUGGUGACCAUGUGUAGUGGGCUCCAUAUCGAGCGACCCUCCUCCACCAGCACCUCCUGUACAUCAUGGUAUGAAGAUGGGAUGCAGCAUUCAACUGUUGGCACGUGCCAUGUCUUUGCGCUGUGGCCACGCCCCCCGUCCUUGACUCUAUAAAAGCCAAAGGAAACAUCCUUCCCCCGGCAGUGAAGCUCAAACCUGCGGAGAAGGAGCCUAUGACUUGAUACACCGAAUGGCCGGGUCUUAGUUAUUUGCUUAGCUGAACGCUGCGGUUUUGUUUUUUCCAUAAAUACGCGCUGUCGGGCUUGAACGCAGCUGGUAAGAUGCCUUUUCCACCUAUAAACCUUCAUUCGCGGAUAUCGUCGCCGGGAAAAGAUCUGUUCAGGAAGAAGAAACCCGGCACGAGUGGUGUUGUCCCUCCUCAGUCUUUGCUCAGUCCUAAACCGCGCGAGGAGAAGGAGACGGAAAAGGACAAACUGUCCACGUCCUGGCCUAGUGCCAAUCUGAGACAGCUGGGACGUAAACCACCACCAGCAGCAGCGCAGCAGUACUCCAGCAAAUUUCCAACAGACUUUUCAGUUCCAAACCUCGACGUCAUGGACGUGAAAAGCUCGUGGCUGAACGCGAAACCGCUGGGAGGUUCGUGCGAAAGCGUUCCGCGCUCCAGCUCCGGGGAAUCCGCGGCUCGGCGCGCCGUCGCCUACGGCAAAGAAGAGCUGGAGCAGGAGGUGCAGUUCUCCCUCAGCCUCACCCCCGAGGCCAUCCUCGUCAUUCAGAAGCGCAACCUGGAAAAACAGAUGCUGGCCAAGCAGCAGAAGUGCUGCGGGUCGACGGACACCAGACACCGCCGGGCUUUACCGUCCAAACGCGCGCAGGGCGCAUCGAAGAGCAGCACGGGCCCUGUGGCCAAACUGGACAGCUCGAACGACAUCAGUGCGAUCGUGAAGAUCUCCCUGCUCAACGACCAGCACAAGUACGACGACGUCGAGUACGAGGAGGAGGACGGAGACGUGGACGAGACGGUGAUGCGGAAAUGUAAAGAGUGGCUGAAAGGCGUCGAGAGCGCAGCGGCCUUCAGCAAAGUGGACAAACUCUCUGCGCUCCCGCAUCUCAAGAGCUGCUGAUGGAAUCCACUGUGAAAACCCACACAGGAAAUGUUCCUCAUAAAAUGGACUGAAAUAUCAUUUCCCCUUGCUGUAGCCUGUUGAUAUGGUAUGGCACUGUGCGUCUGUCUGUCUGUCUGUCAGUGACUCUUCAGUUUCUUGCACACGGACGGCGAUGUCGCAUGCGGCCCUGUGGUCGUUUAUUUCCACUCAGGUUGCGUCUAAAUGUAGCGCCAUUCAAUCGCACUCGGAUAAACGAAUAUGUUCAUCAGUGAAGCUUGGGCAUCUGCGUUCACCAUGCAUAGUCAAAGCCACAGGUGUCGUGCUCUGUUUGAUAUGGGAUAGGCCUGUAGUGCGGAUGUGAUGCCUAUGCGGUUUGGGACGCAGCCUCACACGGAGGCUUCCCACUGGCGCGACUCUCUCCUUUGUGCCAGAAAUCAAAGACAAUGUGACAAACUUUACAAUUUAGGAUUCUGUGUGUGUGUGUGUGUGUGUGUAAAAGAGUAAAUGGGUUUUACACAACCAGCUUUGUACAGUAUUUAUUUAAAAACGUUACGUUGUGUUUGUGUUCUAGCCUAGAUCUUGUCGUUUCAUGUUUUUUGUUUGUUUGUUUGUUUGUUUGUUUUUUAUUAAAUAAAGUGUAUUAAAUCCA